GCCCCUCAGCACAGGCGGCCGUGGCGGAGGCGGAGGCAGCGGCAGCGGGAUGGCGGACGGCGACAAGCCCGAGGUGCUCGGGGCCGCUGGCGACGACAGUCCGCAUCAGCAGCCAGUGGAGCAGCCGGGCGAGCCGCGGCGAGAACCGCACCCGCCGGAGCCAGAGAAGCAGCCGCCGCAGCACAGCAGCAGCUCCAAUGGCGUUAAAAUGGAAAAUGAUGAAUCAGUCAAAGAAGAUAAAUCUGAAUUAAAAGAAAAAUCUUCAGGAAAUAAGAAGGCCAAUAGAUUUCAUCCUUAUUCAAAAGAUAAGAAUUCAGGCACUGGAGAAAAGAAGGGUCCAAAUCGAAACAGAGUUUUCAUUAGCAACAUCCCAUAUGAUAUGAAAUGGCAAGCUAUUAAAGAUCUAAUGAGAGAAAAAGUCGGUGAGGUUACAUACGUGGAGCUCUUUAAGGAUGCGGAAGGAAAAUCAAGGGGUUGUGGUGUUGUUGAAUUCAAAGAUGAAGAAUUCGUAAAGAAAGCGCUAGAAACUAUGAACAAAUAUGAUCUUAGUGGAAGACCCCUGAAUAUUAAAGAGGAUCCUGAUGGAGAAAAUGCUCGUAGGGCAUUGCAACGAACAGGAGGAUCAUUUCCAGGAGGACAUGUACCCGAUAUGGGAUCGGGGUUGAUGAAUUUACCACCUUCCAUUCUCAAUAAUCCAAACAUUCCUCCUGAGGUUAUCAGUAAUUUGCAGGCUGGUAGACUUGGUUCCACAAUUUUUGUUGCUAAUCUUGACUUCAAAGUUGGUUGGAAGAAGCUAAAGGAGGUGUUCAGCAUAGCUGGAACUGUAAAACGGGCAGAUAUUAAAGAAGACAAAGAUGGCAAGAGCAGAGGAAUGGGCACAGUCACUUUUGAACAAGCAAUUGAAGCAGUUCAAGCAAUUUCUAUGUUCAAUGGGCAGUUUUUGUUUGAUAGACCUAUGCAUGUGAAAAUGGAUGACAAGUCUGUCCCUCAUGAAGACUACCGCUCACAUGAUAGUAAAACACCACAGUUACCACGUGGUCUUGGAGGCAUUGGAAUGGGACUUGGUCCAGGUGGACAGCCUAUUAGUGCCAGCCAGUUGAAUAUAGGUGGUGUAAUGGGAAAUUUAGGCCCAAGUGGUAUGGGAAUGGAUGGUCCAGGUUUUGGAGGAAUGAAUAGAAUUGGAGGAGGAAUUGGGUUUGGUGGUCUGGAAGCAAUGAAUAGCAUGGGAGGAUUUGGAGGAGUUGGCCGAAUGGGAGAGCUGUACCGUGGUGCGAUGACUAGUAGCAUGGAGAGAGAUUUUGGACGUGGUGAUAUUGGAUUAAAUCGAGGCUUUGGAGAUUCCUUUGGUAGACUUGGCAGUGCAAUGAUUGCAGGAAGAAUAGGAGCUUCUAACAUGGGUCCAGUAGGAUCUGGAAUAAGUGGUGGCAUGGGUGGCAUGAACAGUGUGACUGGAGGAAUGGGGAUGGGACUAGACCGGAUGAGCUCCAGCUUUGAUAGGAUGGGACCAGGUAUAGGAGCUAUACUGGAAAGGAGCAUCGAUAUGGAUCGAGGAUUUCUAUCCGGUCCAAUGGGAAGCGGAAUGAGAGACAGAAUAGGCUCCAAAGGCAACCAGAUAUUUGUCAGAAAUCUGCCUUUUGACUUGACUUGGCAGAAACUAAAAGAGAAAUUCAGUCAGUGUGGUCAUGUAAUGUUUGCAGAAAUAAAAAUGGAGAAUGGAAAGUCAAAAGGCUGUGGAACAGUCAGAUUUGACUCCCCAGAAUCAGCUGAAAAAGCAUGCAGAAUAAUGAAUGGCAUAAAAAUCAGUGGCAGAGAAAUCGAUGUUCGCUUGGAUCGUAAUGCGUAAUUUUAAACCACGGUUGGAACAUUCUUACAUCUGUUUUGCUGAAUCUCCUAGAAAAAGUCAUUUUUUUUAGUAAUACUGUAUGCUUACAAAAGCUGUAAAAAUGAACUUUUAAAACUCCCACCAGCUUUUAACAGUAUAGUGUUAAAUAUACUGUGGUUUUUGUUAAUCUCAAGUUUGGGUUUUUAAAGACAGCAAGUUGGUCAUUCAGUUUAAAUGAAUGGUUAUACUGUUUUUAAUGAAAUAAGCCAUUUUUCUUGUUGUUACUUUCAGUACUACAUAGUGGGAUUUGUCCAAGUUUCCUCAACUUUUAUCAACUUACUGUAAGGUAAAACAGAUGGUUUUUUCAAAACUUCCAUUUUAUAUAUGUAAUUGUCCUUGAAAAGAAAGGGCUCAGACAAAUUAGGAUGUGAUUUUGGGUUGGUUUUAAAUUACUUUUCUUUGGUGAUGAAGAAUUACUGUAAGUAAGUUUUAGAUUCUAAAGUUCAGGAUAUUUUUUAUUUGACUUAAAUGAAGAAAUGGAGUUUUCCUGCUCUUCCUUCUCCCAUCCUCUAUGUUUUCCACAUAACCCUAUUAAUAUCAACCUCCACAGCCCCUUAUUUUAUUAUUUCCGAUGAUUCCAAGUUCAUAUAGAACCGAUAAUGUGGUAAUCCCCAAGUAUAAUAAUAGGCAGACUACUCCCAGCUUUCUGUCUAGUUUCCAGCCAUUGAAGUGAAC